AUGACUUCGCUUGGUGAUUAUCGUGUCGCAGACAUUUCACUUGCUGACUUUGGUCGUAAAGAGAUUGAAAUUGCUCAAAUUGAAAUGCCUGGUCUAAUGCAAAGUCGUGCUGAAUUUGGUCCACAACAAUCGCUUAAAGGAGCUCGUGUUGCUGGUUCCUUGCAUAUGACAAUCCAAACAGCUGUGCUCAUUGAGACUCUUCAAGCUCUUGGUGGUGAUAUCCGAUGGUGCUCGUGCAAUAUCUUUUCAACGCAAGAUCAUGCUGCUGCUGCAAUUGCUCGUGAUGGAUCAGCUGCUGUGUUUGCUUGGAAAGGCGAGACAUUGGAAGAAUACUGGGAAUGUACAUUGAAUGCGAUCACAUGGCCUUCCGAUGAUGGAAAAGGUGAUGGACCAGAUCUUAUUGUAGAUGAUGGUGGUGAUAUGACACUACUUAUUCAUGAAGGGUAUAAAGCCGAGAAGGUUUUUGCUGACAAUGGAACUGUACCUGAUCCAAAUUCAACCGACAAUGCAGAGAUGAAGUGUGUGUUAAAUAUCAUUGCACGUACUCUAAAGACAAACCCUAAGAAAUGGACUCAAAUUGCUCAACGUUGCAAAGGUGUUUCUGAAGAAACAACUACGGGUGUGCAUCGUCUGUAUCAGAUGGAAAAGAAUGGAACCUUGCUGUUUCCAGCUAUUAAUGUAAAUGAUUCAGUCACGAAAUCCAAAUUUGAUAAUUUGUAUGGCUGUCGUCACUCACUACCUGAUGGUAUUAUGCGUGCAACGGAUGUUAUGCUUGCUGGAAAACGUGUUGUGAUUUGUGGAUUUGGUGAUGUGGGUAAGGGAAGUGCCCAGGCUAUGAAGGCUGCUGGCUCAAUUGUCUACGUGACUGAGGUCGACCCUAUUUGUGCUUUGCAAGCAUGUAUGGAGGGUUUCCAGGUCGUGCGUCUUGAGUCGGUCGUAUCAGAGGCAGACAUCUUUAUCACUACGACAGGCAACAAGGACAUUAUCAUGGCGAAGGAUAUGCUCAAGAUGAAGAACAAUGCUAUUGUUGGCAACAUUGGUCACUUUGACAAUGAGAUUGACAUGGCUGGUGUGACUCAGAUCGCCAAGCGUCAGAACAUUAAGCCACAGGUGGACCGAUUUAUUUUUGAGGACGGUCAUGCUGUUAUCAUCCUGGCUGAGGGCCGUCUGCUCAAUCUAGGCUGUGCGACCGGCCACCCAUCCUUUGUCAUGUCCAACUCAUUCACGAAUCAAACACUGGCUCAAAUUGAGUUGUGGAAGGAGCGUGACACUGGCAAGUACGCUACUGGUAAGGUGUAUGUACUACCCAAGGAGCUGGACGAAAAGGUUGCUCGGCUGCACUUGGGCAACCUGGGCGCUCAGCUUACCGUUCUGUCGGACGAACAAGCCGAAUACAUUGGUGUCAAGCCCACGGGUCCGUUCAAGCCGGCGACCUACCGCUACUAA